AUGCGUGAUAAUCUAAAACAAGAAGAAUUCGAUAGUCCAAUACAAACAGCAACAAGGUUUGACUCACAUAGUGAUUCGGAGAACGACACGCAAUCCACGUCAGUAAAAUACAACUCAUCUUUUAUAACUCGUCGAAAAAGCAUACCCAAAGAGGCCCUCGGUUGCGACGACUCUGACAACAAGAUGACGAUUAAUGCCAAACCUAGGAAGAAGCUAUGGCUUCGGAUAAUGGCAUUACUUGUCUUUUUCUUGUGUUUGGCGGUUUUCCUUGUGCCUAAAGAACGACUGAAAUUCUCUCUCGAUCAAGAUGACGGAAUAUUCGAUGACGACUUGCCAGGUCCAAUCUCAGAUUCAGAUCAUCAAACGGAUGAUACCACAUCCGCACCCCAAACGACCACAUCGCCACUCACGACAUCUCAUUGCAAAAAACCAUAUCCUGGUCGCCCAUUGAUCCAAUACGCUCUCAUGAUUGACGCUGGUUCCACCGGGUCGCGGAUUCAUGUAUAUCGAUUCAAUUAUUGCAACAACUCCCCGCAGUUGGAGGAUGAAGUAUUUCAUCAUGUUGAACCAGGUUUAUCGAGUUAUGAUGACAAGCCGGAGGCUGCUGCUGAGAGCUUGGACGUACUAAUGGCGGUUGCUCUAAAGCAUGUUCCCGCGCAGUUACAUAGCUGUACGCCGGUUGCCGUUAAAGCUACCGCCGGAUUGAGAUUGUUGGGUUCUAAAAAGAGUCUUCGUAUUUUGAAUGCUGUUAGGAAGCGUCUGGAAAGUAGAUACCCAUUUCCUAUUAUUGCGAACGAAGGCGUCGCAAUUAUGGACGGUAGAGAUGAAGGUGUAUAUGCUUGGAUAACAGUAAAUUAUCUGUUGCAACGCAUAGGCUCUGCCCAUAAGCAACCAACGGCAGCCAUUUUUGACCUUGGAGGCGGUUCGACUCAGAUCGUUUUUGAGCCAGACUCUGCAGAGGACUCUGCUGUCGCACCAGGUGAACAUCGGUAUGAACUCCAAUACGGCGGACAUACUUAUGUUCUCUAUCAACAUUCCUACCUUGAUUAUGGUCUGAUGAGUGCUCGAAAACGGAUAAAAGAAUUUAUGAUAAAAAUGUGGUAUAACAUUAAAAGUAAAAAAGGUUCUACGGGUGUAAAAGCUGAAGAAUUAGAUGAAACGACGCCGCAUCCUUGUCUUCCAAAGAAUUACACUGAAGAAUUGCCUUUGAAAGAUAUACUGCCUUCUUCAGAUGAUGUUGCGACUAUUGUGGGUACCGGUGCUGGACAUGCUCAAUGUAGAGCAGUGACUGAGCAUUUGUUUGACAAGAACAAAGAAUGUUCGUUAUCACCAUGUGCCUUCGAUGGAGUUUAUCAACCAUCCUUGCGAGAGACAUUUUCAGUUAAUGAUAUUUACGCGUUCUCGUACUUUUACGAUCGGGCUAAUCCGUUGGGAAUGCCAACCGAAUUCUCUCUUGGUGAACUUCGGGAAUUGACGGAUGCGGUAUGCGCAGGCGAUGUCAGUAAAUUCGCCCAUUUGCCUGAAGCAACGAAGGCGUUGGAAAAAAAUCCACAUUAUUGUAUGGAUCUGACAUUUAUCUAUGGAUUAUUACAUUACGGAUAUGAGAUCCCGUUAGACAGAGAAGUCAAAAUUGCAAAAAAGAUUAAAGGUAUCGAGACGGGAUGGUGUCUUGGGGCAGCCAUUGCUGUCUUGGAUUCAGCGCAUUGGUGCAAGACAUGA